AUGACCACCCGCGUGUCAUUUCGCUCGGAGUCGUCCGCGACAACGCCACAAAAGCGCUGCACCCCACAGUGGGUCUCCCUCGUGGCCGGAGGAAUUGCCGGGGGUGUGGAGGCGGCAGUCACGUAUCCGUUUGAAUACUCCAAGACGCGCGUGCAAUUGCUUCAUGGCGCAAAGAACAGUCCAUCGAACCCUGUCCGGUUGAUCCUGCAAGUUUCGCGCCAGGAGGGUAUUGGGGCAUUGUACACAGGAUGUUCGACGCUGGUCAUUGGCACCGCGGCAAAAGCAGCCGUUCGAUUUCUAUCGUACGAUACAAUCCGCAACUCCUUUUGCGAUGAUCAUGGAGUACUAUCACCAGGACGCGGUAUUCUAGCCGGAAUGGCGGCAGGAGCCGUCGAGAGUGUUAUUGCAGUCACGCCAACAGAAAGAAUUAAGACUGCAUUAAUCGACGACGCAAAACAAGCCCGAAUAUUCAAGUCCAGCCUUCAUGCCACACGGGUUCUAGUCCAAAACCAUGGCAUCCCAGAGCUCUACCGUGGCCUGGUUUCUACCACCCUCAAACAAUCAGCCACCUCGGCCGUGCGAAUGGGGACCUACAACAUCCUCAAGGAAGCCAGCAAGGUCCAGGGAAUCACAUCUAAUGUGUUUACUACCUUUGGUAUGGGGGCCGUCGCAGGUGUUGUGACGGUCUAUGCCACCCAGCCUUUUGAUACUCUUAAGACGCGAGCGCAGGGGGUCCAGGGGGCUGGUAUUGUUGAGGCAACUCGGAGUAUCCUACGCGACUAUGGAAUCCGCGGGUUUUGGAAAGGGAGCUCGAUGCGACUAGGGCGGUUAUUGCUUAGUGGUGGGAUUGUUUUCUCGGUGUAUGAGGAAGUGGCCGCUUUGCUUGCUCCCAAUCCGUGGAGAUAG